AUCUGCAUUUUACUUUCAGAGAUGGGGUCAAAAAUCCGACAGUUACUUAUAAUCUUUUUCAUUCAAAUUUGGAUAACAACAGCUCAGAAUCGAGAUGGUGCUGCCCUACAGGCUCUCAAGGAAGCUUGGAAGAACACUGUACCACCGAGCUGGAAUGUGGGCUCAGACCCAUGUCGUGAUGGUUGGGAAGGCAUCAUGUGCACCAAUUCACGUGUCACUUCCAUAUAUUUGACAAGCAUGCAGUUAACUGGUGGGCUCCCUGGAGACAUAGGGCAGCUGGUCGAAUUGCAAUACCUAGCUCUAUCUUACAACCCAGGUUUGACCGGAUCACUCACUCCAGCAAUCGGAAAUUUGGGGAAAUUAACAAACUUAGUUCUCGUAGGUUGCAGCUUCAGUGGACCAAUUCCUGACACCAUUGGAAAUCUUCCACGACUUAUCAUUUUAUCUCUGAACUCAAACCGCUUCACCGGAUCAAUUCCAGCUUCCAUUGGUAAUCUUAAGAAUCUUUAUUGGUUAGAUCUCACUGAAAACCAGCUCACCGGGAAUAUACCAGCUUCUGAUGGAAUAAAGCCUGGUCUUGAUAUGUUGACUCAUGCGAAACACUUUCACCUAGGAGACAACCAGCUUUCGGGCAAUAUCCCACCUCAGAUCUUCCACUCGAAUAUGAGUUUGCUUCAUCUGUUAUUUGAAAACAACAAGCUUACGGGUCCUAUCCCUUCCACACUCGGACUGGUUAGGUCACUGGAAGUUGUACGACUUGAUAGGAACUCUUUGACUGGUGAUGUCCCAUCAAACAUCAACAAUCUUAUCAAUGUGACUGAGAUGUUCCUAUCAUACAAUAAACUGUCCGGUCAGGUGCCCAACCUUACUGGCAUGAACGUCCUCAACUAUCUGGAUUUAAGCAACAACAAGUUUGGCCCAUCGGAUAUCCCUUCAUGGUUUUCAACUCUAAAGUCUUUGACAACACUGAAGAUGCAAAAUACAAACCUUAGAGGACAACUGCCUGCUGCAUUGUUCGAGAUUCCUCAGUUACAAAAUGUUGAUCUAAGUGACAACCAAGUAAAUGGCACCUUGAAUAUUGGCUUAAACCCGAGCUCACAACUUCAACGUGUUGAUCUGCAGACAAACAAUAUUGCCGACUUCACCCAACGACUUCAAUAUACAAUUGGUUUAAUACUCGUUGAUAAUCCAAUAUGUAUGGAGUCGGGGGUGACAGAUAAAUUUUGCUCUCUUCCAAGCAACACUACCACAUCAUACUCAACACUACCAAACAACUGUAUUCCCACCCCUUGUGGUUCAGGCCUAGUUUCAAGUCCCAACUGUAAAUGUGCGUUUCCAUACACAGGCUCAUUUAUCUUCAAGGCUCCUUCGUUCUCUUCGCUCGGAAAUACCACGAUCUAUGAAUCCCUUCGUCUUUCAUUAAUGACAUUCUUUCAAAAAACACAAAUGCCAGUCGACUCAGUUUCAUUAAUGAAUCCUUAUAGGAAUUUGGAUGAUUACCUUGUGUUAAAUCUUGAAGUUUUCCCAUCUGGCGAACUGAGUUUCAAUAGGACCGGGAUUCUUUGGCUCGGCUUUGUUCUUAGCAAUCAAACUUUCAAGCCUUCAAAAGAUUUUAACACCUACGUUUUCAUUGCUCAAGACUACGAUAACUUCUUAUCAGAAGUACUGGUCAAGGGAGGAACAACACACAAAUCAUCGAACACCGGAGUCAUAGUAGGAUCUGCAAUUGGUGGUUGUGUGUUUGUGGUAUUACUGGUGGUUGCCGGAGUGUAUGCUUUUCGUCAGAAAGGGCGAGCAGAAAGAGCCACCCAACAAAGUCGUCCUUUUGCACUUUGGGAUCCAGCCAGUGGAAGUGGUGGUGUUCCACAGUUGAAAGGAGCCAAAUCUUUCAACUUUGAAGAACUUAAGAAGUACACAAGAAAUUUUUCUGAGACUAAUAACAUCGGAGCUGGUGGAUAUGGGAUGGUAUACAAAGGAACUCUUCCAAAUGGACAACUAAUUGCCAUCAAAAGGGCCCAACAAGGAUCAACUCAAGGUGGGCUCGAGUUUAAAACUGAGAUCGAGCUUCUUUCAAGAGUUCAUCACAAGAAUGUUGUGGCUCUUAUUGGUUUUUGUUUCGAUCAGGGCGAACAAAUGUUGGUUUAUGAGUAUAUUGUGAACGGUACCCUCAAAGACAGUCUUUCGGGGAGAUCAGGGAUUAGGUUGGAUUGGAUGCGAAGGCUAAAAAUAGCACUUGGCGCAGCAAGAGGGUUACAAUAUUUACAUGAUCUUGCUGAUCCACCCAUCAUACAUAGAGAUGUCAAAACGAAUAAUAUCUUAUUAGACGAACGAUUAGUCGCAAAAGUUGCCGAUUUUGGCCUUUCGAAGCCAUUGAGUGAUGCUAAUAGGAAUCAUAUUACCACUCAAGUCAAAGGGACCAUGGGGUACAUGGAUCCGGAGUACUACAUGACACAACAAUUAACAGAAAAAAGCGAUGUUUAUAGCUUUGGAGUAGUGAUGUUGGAAUUGAUAACAGCAAGAAACCCUAUCGAGAAAGGCAAGUACAUUGUGAGGGAAGUGAAACAAUCAAUGAACAAAAGUAAAGAAUUGUAUGGCCUACACGAGGUCCUUGACCCGACCAUUGGUUUAAGUAGCCAACUCAAAGGUUUGGAGAGGUUUGUGGAUGUGUCAUUAAGAUGUGUUGAAGAGACAGGAAACCAACGACCACCAAUGAGUCAAGUUGUAAAAGAGCUUGAGAGAAUCAUGGAGUUGGUGGGACUUAACCCAGGCACUGAAUCAUCAUCCUCAACUUCAGCAAGUUAUGAAGUAUCCGGUACAGAUUACAACCAUCCUUAUAGUAAUGACAGUCUUUAUGCUUAUAGCGGAGGUUUUUUGCCUGCAAAGUUGCUGCAACCCAAGUAA